GGGGCUGCGCGAGCGCUGGACCCGCGGCGGUGCGGGGACACCGCGGCCUGCGCGUUCGCGCUGCACCGGGAUCCCCUCGGCCGGGAGGGCGCGGGCGCCCCUUGCGUGGAGCCGGCGGCCGCGGCCGGGACGCCAUGUCCAUGGAGGACCCCUUCUUUGUGGUGAAAGGCGAGGUGCAGAAGGCCGUGAACACGGCGCAGGGCCUGUUCCAGAGAUGGACAGAACUGCUGCAGGACCCUGCGGGCGCCACGCGGGAGGAAGUGGACUGGACCACCAACGAGCUGCGGAACAACCUGCGCAGCAUCGAGUGGGAUCUCGAGGACCUGGACGAGACCAUUAGCAUAGUUGAAGCAAACCCAAGAAAAUUCAACCUGGAUGCCACGGAGCUGAGCAUCAGGAAAGCCUUCAUCACCAGCACUCGGCAGGUGGUCAGGGACAUGAAGGACCAAAUGUCCACAUCCUCAGCACAGGCCCUGGCUGAAAGGAAACACAGGCAGGCCCUGCUUGGGGACAGCAGUGGGCAGAGCUGGGGUGCUGGGGCUGCAGAUAGGUACGGCCGCCUGGACCGAGAGUUGCACCUGGCCAACGCACACUUCAUCGAUGAUCAGCGGGCCCAGCAGCAGCUGAUUGUGCAACAGCAGGAUGAGCAGCUGGAGUUGGUGUCGGGCAGCAUCGGGGUGCUUAAGAACAUGUCGCAGCGCAUUGGUGGGGAGCUGGACGAGCAGGCCGUAAUGUUGGACGAUUUCUCUCAUGAGCUGGAGAGCACACAGUCCCGACUGGACACGGUGAUGAAGAAACUGGCUAAGGUGUCUCACAUGACAAGUGAUGGGCGCCAGUGGUGCGCCAUCGCUCUGCUCUUCGCGGUGCUGCUGUUGGUCCUCGUGCUCUUCCUGGUGCUGUGACCACCGCUGCCCAAGCUGGGUCGAAGAUCCAGAAACUUCCACUCGCUCGUGUUUGCUGGUGCUCCUGCCGCUCGUCUCCCCCAACCUGUACAGACCUUCCCGCUCGCACCUCCUGUUGGGCCUGGGCUUCUGGCUCGCUCACACUCCUGUGGACCACUGUGCUGCCUGGGACCCCGUUUCUGGGGUCGGGGGCGAUUUUUCCAGGGAUGACACGGCCUUUCCUGGCAUGCCAGCUGGAAGUGGGUAAUGAGUACAGUCACA